UCACUUCCUGUGACUAACAUCUCCCAGCCAUGUCCCCAUCACCGCUGCCCGUUAGCUUCUAUGGAUUAACCUCACCGGGCUCCCAGCCUCAACCUUAAUACUCUGCUGAAGCUGCGUUCAGCCCCAGCUCUAUGGAUCACUGUGCAAUGUAAACACAAGCCUCUUUCUAUCUGGACCAGGUCUGUCUGCUGUCCAUACCUGUGAACUGUCUGUCUGGGUAAAAAUGAAGAUCUUGGCCCGUGUGUGCGCAGGGUGCCUGCUGCUGUGCAUUAUUCUAUGGUUGUGCUGGAUCAACAUCAAGGAACAUGCUGAUAGUCCUCCUCCCUUCGUAACGCGUGCACUUCAGCUUUGGGGAUACAGCCGGCUCCCAGAUGGCGAGCCUUUGGUCAGGAGUUCUUGCGGAACUUGUGCCGUGGUCUCCAGCUCUGGACAAAUGCUUGGCUCCGGCCUGGGGCAUGAAAUAGAUCAAGCCGAAUGUAUCCUGCGCAUGAACAUUGCCCCCACGGUGGGUUACGAGUCAGACGUGGGCAGCCGCAGUACCCUGAGAGUUGUAUCUCACACCAGUGUCCCCCUCCUGCUUCGCAACCAGACGUACUUCUUCCAGCAGUCUCAGGACACCAUGUACGUGAUCUGGGGACCGCCCCGGCAGAUGAACAUCGAUAGCGGAAUCACCUAUCGAGCUUUGCAACAGGCGAAAGGAAGAUAUCCUAGGGUGCAAAUCUAUACACUGACACAGAACAUGAUGGUGCAUUGUGAUCAAAUCUUUCAGAAUGAAACCGGGAAGAAUAGGGCGAUGUCCGGCGCCUUCCUCAGUACUGGUUGGUUCACCAUGAUUUUGGCUAUGGAGCUGUGCGAAGAGAUUUCCGUGUAUGGUAUGGUGAGCGAAAACUACUGCAGAGAACAUUCACACCCUCCUGUGCCUUAUCACUAUUACGAAAAGGGUCGGCUGGAUGAGUGCAGUAUGUACAUGAUACACGAGAGAGCUUUACGGGGAGCACAUCGAUUUAUCACAGAGAAAGCAAUCUUUUCCCGUUGGGCCCACAGGAAACGGAUCCAUUUUACACAUCCAUCUUGGGAGUCUUGAAUUAAAGACCCUCACCAGCUCCAGUUUACAUCUCAAGUAGAAAAACCUCCAUGAACCUCAACAAAUGUUAAACCGGUCACUCGAUAUUUUGGGUGGGAUUGUACAAUUCUGUCUGUACCCUACGACAAAAGCUUACAAUCUAUUCUGUGAAUACUGAAACACAGAGGGUUAAGCACCUCAGCACCCUCCUAAAAGCACAGGCAUCCUGUGUGUACGGACAAUCUCCCAAUGCAGAGGAUACCUCUUGUUCUGGAUUUCCCACUAAUCGAUUUGCACAGGUUGGACUUCCAGCCACAAAGUUCCAAGUUCCGAUUGAAACCAUGUUCCUCCAGAGAUUCAGAAGAGAGCUGUUGGGCUGGAUUUCUCACUAAUCGAGUUGCACAGAUGCCGUGGGACCUCCAGUUACCCAGGUCCUAUAUUCAGACUGAAACCAUGCUAUUUCAGGAGAGAUGGGGAUAGUUCUUGUCUUGGAUAUCCCACUAAUUGAGUUGGACAAGUGCACUGACCCUUGGCCAUCCAAUUUCUAAGUUCAAAUUGAAACCACUUUCCUACGGGAUAGCAGAUCUACAUAGCCAGGUGCCACUGAAAUCUCUAGAGCAACAGUCUUCAGAAAGGCAAAACACAAAGAUGUGAUAUCCUGUCCUUGGUCUAUGGCACAGCAAGAUAAAACCCACCUCAAGCAGCAGUCCGUAACUCUCUGUUGAUUUCUUCUUUUCCUUAAAAAAAUUGUGUUACACGAGGGUGCAUGAAAGCAAUACAUGCUCUUUUAUUGUGCAAUAUAAAUCCUUUAAUUAAUAGACAGUGCGUACCGUACUGGUACAUAAAUGCCCGGCCGGUUAUCCAAUUGCAACCAGUGAUGAAGGAGAAUCCAGUGUGGUUGUUCAACACGAUGCUCAUGUUUUGCUGCCGAACAAGGUAUUGUUCUUACUAAAUUCUGCCUAUUUCCAUUGUGUCUUGAAGAACUUAUCAAGAUAAACCGUUACUGCCCUCAAUCAAAAAAUCAAAAAAAGCAGAAGUAUUCAGUUAUUCUCGCUCUCCAAGUUUAAAGCAAAUCCCAGAAGGUGUUUGAGAAGUCGAAUUCUUCAACCGAUGUGCUCACUGAAGCUGAGAUUCUUCUGGAUUUUAUGAAUCCUUUUGGUGGG